AUUUCUGAAAUUGACCUCUGUUUCCGGAACCGCAGGCGAAAAUGGCAGCCGCCAGGGUUUGGAAGCUUGUGUGUCCCGGACGGGGACUGUCGUUGCAUACUGCUGCUGAGGCCGCCUCCACGGCUACGGAGUCAACCAGCACAGAUGUCGGGGCCUUCCCUGUUGCACGGUACCCGCCAAUUGUGGCUUCCUUGACAGCCAAAAGCAAAGCAGCAAGGCUGCGGCGGGUGGAGCGCUGGCAGGCUACGGUGCACGCGGCCCAGUCGGUGGACGAGAAGUUGCGCAUCCUCACCAAGAUGCAGUUUAUGAAGUACGUGGUUUACCCGCAGACUUUUGCCCUGAACGCCGACCGCUGGUACCAGGGCUUUACCAAGACGGUGUUCCUGUCGGGCCUUCCGGCUGCCCCAGCGGAGCCCGGGCCCUCGCUGGACUUAGCGGCCCUGCGCGACAUCGCCUGUGACAGCCUCCUGCAGGAGAGUUUCUACCUGCGGCGCAAACGGCGCCCUCCCCUCUACGAGGAGCUGGAGACCGUCGCCUCGCCCUUCCUGGACCAGCUGGUGGCGGCCCUCAUGGGCUAUCUCAGCCCGCUGAACCCCGUCCUGGCUUCAGCUGCUGUCGAUUGUAAGCGCCCAGUUCAUUUUUACUGGUUACGUGGUGAAGAAAUUAUUCCUAGUGGUCAUAGAAAAGGCCGAAUUGAUGCUUUGCGAUACCAAAUAAAUGAUAAACCAAACAACCAGAUUCGAAUAUCCAAGCAACUCACAGAGUUUGCACCAUUGGAUUACUCUGUACCUAUAGAAAUCCCUGUUAUGAAAUGUAAACCAGACAAGCUUCCAUUGUUCAAACGGCAAUAUGAAAACAACAUAUUUAUUGGUUCAAAAACAGCAGAUCCAUGCUGUUAUGGUCACACUCAGUUUCAUCUGUUACCUGACAAAUUGAAAAGGGAAAGGCUUUUGAAGCAAAACUGUGCUGACCAGAUAGAAGCAGUUUUUAGAGCUAAUGCUAUUACAAGCCUUUUUGCCUGGACUGGAGCACAAGCUAUGUAUCAAGGAUUCUGGAGUGAAGCAGAUGUUACUCGACCCUUUGUUUCCCAAGGUGUGAUCACAGAUGGAAAAUAUUUUUCCUUUUUCUGCUAUCAGUUAAAUACUUUGGCACUGACUGUACAAGCUGAUCAGAAUAACCCUCGCAAAAAUAUAUGUUGGGGAACGCAAAGUAAACCUCUUUAUGAGACAAUUGAGGAUAAUAAUGUGAAAGGUUUUAAUGAUGAUGUUCUGCUUCAGAUAGUUCACUUUCUACUGAAUAAACCAAAGGAAGACAAAACACAGCCGUUGGAAAACUAACUGGAAACAUUUGAUUCGGGACUUUGAGAAUACUUAAAUUUCACAAAAGGAACAAUAAAAAGAACUUUAAAAAUGCUGUGUGUAACUGUGAGAUAUUGGAUGCAUUGAUCUUUGAGAAGUGUUUCUUAGGUUAACCUGUCAUGCUCAACUGUGGCAGCCCAAAGGAUGAGAGAUUACUCAGAGUCCAUGUGCAGUUUUACCUCUGAGCCCAGACUGCCUUUUAGCUGUAACCCCUCACCUGAGAGAGUCUCAGGAAAAAAACAGUCCUGAUGUGAAGUUUCUGGCAGCUUUUUAUUGAUAGAACCAAGAAGCAAAGAUAAAGCCCAAAAGAAAGACAUCUGUACAAGAACUUAGGGAACAGGGAAAGGGCAGGAUGAUCUGCAGUGACUCAUUUCCGUUUAAACAAGCCGUGAGGGAGAGAACAGUGUCUGGAGCAAUCGCAAUGGUAUCUUGGUUCACAAACUUGGUUCUGGAAACUGAGUUGGAAGAGAACCAGAUUAAAUUUAACAAUUAGGUUCAUUGUUGACCUUAUGGACAAAUGUGAUUCAGUUCUUAUCCAGUUUGGUUUGUGAUCAGAACUGUGGAGAGAAUUGAGUUCAACUAUUGCCCUUUCAGGUCUGCUCUGAUCUUUAGCCAUGCAUUCCAGGAAGCCUGAGCCAUCGCCACAGGGGAUCCCUUCAUUUCAACAAUCAUUUCAGUCACUCCUCCGGCCAGGGUCUCCCUCCACACAUUAGUCCAUGAUUAGGCAUCUUGUUCUGCUCAAUCACUGAAUGAUUUAAUUAAAGCAUAUUGAUUAAAAAAAUUUUUUUUGCAAAUUUCUAACUAGGAAGACUGAUUGUGCCUUCUUAUUGUGUGUGAUUUUAAACACAUAGGCAGUAAUUCAAGUAUUUGAUAAUAUGUAUAUAUUUUGGUUUUUUAUUUUUUUUUGUUGUUAAUGAAUGGUAAAUGUCUUGACCCCCAUUCAAACCCCUUCAAAGCAUGAACAAUAUUUUGCAUAUACAGUAAAACAAGGGGUUUGAUAAAUUUCUCAAUUUUGAUUUAUAAAGAAAAAUAGAGAUUCUAUUCAUAAGGUAAUUUAAAGAGAAUUACAUUAGUCAUAACCCUAUCAUGUUUAAUGGUAAAGCACAGGUGAUAUUCUCACUGAAAAUAAAUAAGACAGC